AUGGAGGCAGCCUCUUCAAACCGCAAGCGAAGUGAUGUCCGACGUGCCAAUGUGACAGGCUGUCAGCGAUGCAAGUCGCGGAAACAGCGCUGUGACCAGAACAUUCCCGCCUGUUCAGCCUGUGUACGUGCAGGAACAACUUGCAUAAGCGUCGAUAUAGAUGGGCAAUCUGCACCACGAAGUUACAUAAGAAAUCUCGAAGAUCGAGUCGCAGAGCUCGAGCUCGCACUCCGCAGUCAGGGUGUAGACACCGAGUCUGUUGCUGGAAGCCGGACCUCGCAAGAUGCUCUGGCGAUCACACCGGAGGCGAUCCGCUCCAACGAAUUGAACCUACUGGGUCUACUUGUUCCUAAGCCAAACGAUAUUCAAGAUUCCGGAGGCUCAGGCUACCAUGCUCUGCUCGACACGACUGCACUUCAACUCGCCGCCACCUACUUCGAACAUUCCAACUUUUUCUCACCUGUGCUUGAUCAAGAAUCCUUCAACAAAGUCAUUGCCACCCUACAUCAGCACCAUCUUACUCCCGGAGAAGGCUCGUCGAUACAGAAAUUCCAACUCUGCAUGGUUCUUGCUAUCGCCAUCAGACUUCUCAACAGAAUAGAUUCCGCUGUUCCAACGACCGCAUCCGAGUCAUUCUUCGCAUCAGCUGUCGGUAUACUGACAGAACGACCACAGGCUACGUGGCAAGGCGAUUUGCAACAUCUUCAGAACCUUCUUCUCAUCGCACAGUAUACCAUUUUCGCUUCGAAUCUCUCUACCGCUUGGCAUAUGGUUGGUCUAUCGACACGGCUGGCCAUUGACCUCGACCUUUUGAACGAAAACGCUCCGUCGGUCUAG